AUGACUAAAAAGAAAGACUGUAAACCUGGAAAGCCAGGAAAGAAACGUGGUCCUCCUCCUGGUCAAGAAAUAAUACGAAGUAGGACCAGCAGGAUCGAAAGUGUUAUAAAUGAUGCUGCAAUAGACCCAAAUGUCCGGGAGCAACUUCGACAUGUCGAAGGAAUAGAACCCGAAGUCAGGAAUCGUCUCUUCUUCAACAAGGGAAGUGAAACUAUAAUGUCUUCAAUUGGGGUCUCUGAUUCGGAUUUGACAUUCAUAGACGGUGGAGACCAUGAUAAGCUCCCCUCAUUGGAUGAAUUAAAAUUGGUUGAUAAUCAUCACCCUACAUUUUUACACCGUCCAACUCCAGUUUAUCCAAUAAAUAUGAAGGCUCGUCAGAUGGCUCACCUAAAAAAAUCUACAAAUACACAAAGUGUGUCAUCAAAUUCUUUCAAGGAGCUCACCAAUCCAGCUUUAUAUAAAUCAUCAUCAUCAUUAUCUUCGUUACCCAAUCAUUCUUCUGAUAUUCCUUCAUCACCCCCUAGUCAUUCUUCUAGUCUUUCUCCGGUAUUACCUGGUGCUUCAUCACCACUUCCUAGUCUGUCUAAUUCAUUAUCUGGUAUUUCCGGUCUUUCUUCUUCAUUACCUGGUCCUCCUUCUUCUCUAACUGACCUUUCUACUUCAAUACCUAAUAAAUCAUCAUCGUUACCUAAUGCUUCAUCAUUGAUGCCUAACUUUUCUUCAUCUCAAUCUAACAUUUCAUCAUCAUCCAUUUCAUCAUUGUUACCUAAUAAUUCAUCUUCACUACCUAGUAUUUCAUCAUUGAUAUCUAGGCAUUCAUCAUCGAGACGACGAUCCAAACAUUCAUCAUCGAGAUCUAGACAUUCAUCAUUUCGAUCGAGACUUGCAUCAUUACGUAGAUUCUCAUCGAUGCGACCUAAUCAUUCAUUAUCGUUACCUGUAGCUGUUGCCUCAAGAUUUGUUCUUUCCCAACCAGAUCAUCAACAUUAUGGUCCUAAUAUGCUUCCCCCAUUACGACCAUUUGUAAAUCCAUUGCAACCACCAGCUCAAAACAGUUCGGUUGCAUUAGAAUGGUUACCGCCAAUAACACUUCCUGAACAUCAUACUACAUCUCGAAAUGAAUGUGAUGUUUCUAAAAAUUCUAAAAGUUCUGCAAAUGUUAUUAAUAAUUCAGAAAAUCCUGGUAAUGAAUGUCUUAUUGAUGGUGAUCUAUUGACUUCUUCCGUGAAUCAUGAUCAAGCAAGACAACAAUCUGGUCGUCUCAUUGAUGUAGAUGAAUUCGAUACAAGAAGAACAAGAAUGUCAACUAUUCCUACGAUGACUGUUGGUGGUAGACAUAAAAAUUCUCGUUCUUCCACGGCCAAUACAAAGAAACACUCGUCAUCAUCUAACAAUCGUAGACGUGCUAAUUCUUCUCAAAAUAAGAAGAAAGGUGGAGAUGUCAUAUAUUUAGCAUUGAACUCCAUUAAUCGUGAAGCUCUGAAUCGUGCACGUGAAGCUCCUACACCAAUUCCUAUUCCUGACCGUAAUGGAUCAGCGACCUCUGAUAUUAAUGGAUCAACUCAUACUCAUUCUUUUUCGGCAAUUCUUGAUCAUAAUAGAACUCCUAUUAAUCCUUUUUCGACAACCCCUAAUGUUAAUAGAUCUACUCAUUCUCUUUCAGCAAUCGCUGAACUUAAUGGUCCUACUCUUUCUCUUUCGGCAAUUACUGAUCUUAAUGGACCUUUUAUAUAUCCUCAUUUGUCAUCCUCUGAUAAUGAAGCUUCACAUCUUGCUCUUUCAGCAAUUUCGGAUCGUAAUAUACUUGCACCUCUUCUUUUAACAACUUCUGAUCGUGAAGUUCCUACUCAUCUAGAAAAUUCCAAUAUAGAUAAUCCUACACAACUAGCAAGUUUUGAUUGUGAUGCACCUAUCGAAACUCUUAAUCAUGACGUUCUUACUCCUAAUAACGAUGAUACGUCUACAAUUCCUGGUCAUUCUUCUAAUAAUAAUAUAGAAUUUACUGACAGUAGUAUGGAUGUAGAAACAAUUACUAAGGGCUUAAAUAAUGAUUGUACAAAAUUGAAUAAUAAUCAAUCGCUUUCUAAAUCUAAGGAUCUUAACGAUGGGAGUGAUUAUGAUGAUCAUAAUAAAUUUAAUAUCGAUGAUGGUUCAAGCGAGAAAACAUUGGUAGAAGUUGAAGAGGUUGGCAAUGGAAAAAAAUGCCACAAUACUGAAUUGAGACGUUCAGCUAGAAUUGAAAAGAUAAAAAUCUUGGAAUGUGGAUUCGACCAGAGAAAUGAGGUGGGCGAAGAUCAAGUUGACUCUGAUGAGGACAGUGACGAUGAAGACGAUGAUAGGGUGAGACGUUCCCGUCCUAUCAAUCGUCGUCGAAGGCCGAGAGUCCCUAGGCGUAUCACACGUCAAACUAAACCUCCUGCACCCAGAGAUCCAA